AUGGCUAAACGUUUCCUUGUUCCUCUCUUUCUCGGCACUGCCUCUGUCUUGUUUGGAAGCCAUGUCUUUGCUGGUGCUUCAUCAAGCAGGGACGUUCAAGCUGAUCAACUCCCUCCUCAAGGUGUUGCCAAUACCAAACAUGAAAGAACUUUCAUGGCCAUCAAAUACGAUGCUAUUCAACGUGGAAAUAUUUCCGAGAUUAUGGGUAGAAUGGAACGUAAAGGAUACAAGCUCGUCGGUCUCAAGCUUGUUCAACCUUCUCGUAGUCUCAUUGAAAAUCACUAUGCUGAUUUGAAGGGAAGACCAUUCUUUGAAGGCCUCGUCAAUUAUAUGACUGGUAAGCCAGUUGUUGCCAUGGUUUGGGAAGGAAAGGGAGUCAUUUCUUACUCUCGUGUCAUGAUUGGUACAACCAAUCCACUCACUGCUGCUCCAGGAACCAUCCGUGGUGAUUUGUCCAUUGAUGUUGGUAGAAACAGUGUUCACGGAAGUGACAGUGCUGAAACUGCUAACAAUGAGAUUAACUUGUGGUUCACUCCUCAAGAAAUUGCCAACUAUGAGCUUUGCACUGCUGAAUGGACUUAUGAAAAGUAA